AUUUUUUUUUCUACCAAGUACCUAAUUUUGCAGGAUAAGAUGCCUUCUUUAAAGAGAAAAGUAGAUGAGGGUAGGUUGCCACCCUUCAAAAGGCAUAAGAAGGAGGAGUCUUUUGCGGCAGAAAAAGAAAAUUUUUGCAGAAUAUGUGCCAUAAAAACAUACAUCGUAGGAAUUCAACAUUAUGAAGGAAAAAACUCUGUUACAACAGGAAGCAAGAUCUGGCUAAGAAGAAAUCCUAAAAAUACCUCCGAUCCUAACGCUAUAGAAUGUUGGCCGAGCCCUACAUCAUGUACUCUCCAGCAGAUUGUUGGACACAUCUGUAAAGAACUAGCUGUUCCACUGGCCAGGCUGUUAGAUAACAAUUUGGUUUCCGUAGAAGGGAAAAUUAUUUUCGACAAAGAGGCUCUUAGUGUCGCUGAUUACGUGAAACCAAUAUUAAUAAAUCUGUCAGCAAAUGUCACAAGAAAGAAUGAAAUAAUAAAAGUUUUAUAAGAAUAUCAAUACUAUAAUGUCCAUUCCCAUGAUACGACGGCACCCAUGAAAGCGAGAUUAGUACAUUUUCAGCCAAAGUAUAUGGCAUAUGAAAUCGAGGAAAUCGAUACCAAUGAAGAAGAGAAAUUUGAUUUACAACAGAUGGAGUUGAGACAUCUUUUAGUUCUGUUUGCACUGUUGUUGACGAACAAAAAUCAAUUUUGCCUUGAAAACGAUGAGUGGGUGGAGCAAUUAAAGCGUGUGAAUAAAGACUUCAAACUACCUGCAAAGACGGAAUACAUACUUGGACAAAGACUACUGAGUAAAAAGUUGAACAAAUAUAUCGUUCAGAAAGACAAAAACAUAGUCUUUAAAUCUACACAUAUUUUAGGCAUAAUAAUGCAAUAUUUUUCGGAAAAAGAAAAUUAUGUGGAAUAUUUUGUUCAGAAUGCAACCUAUGAAGGCUUACGUCAUUGCUGUAUGACGUCUUCCCAUAGUGUCAUAAGACCUGCAAUCAUACUUAAUGAACAUCAUCUAGUUAUACUUAUAAAAAGAUUAAAAUACAGAAUUCUUUUUCAUCCCGUGAUGAAAGAUAACUCAAUUCACAAGAUAGUGAGUAAAUCACUCAAAAUACCAAAAGUUAUUUUGAGCUGGGAUGAGAAGGGGAGAAAGGCGUUUGUAAAAAGCCUACAAGAAGACAAAGAAGAUAUCUUCCAUGCCAGAUGGAUGAUUCUUGGGUGUGCUGGUGUAGGAAAAACAACGCUUGUGAAGAAAAUAAGAGAUCUCAGCAUGGAAGAGAUUUUAAAUACUUUACCAACAGAAGGAGUAGAGAUGCAUAAUAGGAUUUUUGAGGUUACCGGAAAUAGUCUUCAAGAUGUGACGAAUAAGAAUAUAUCUCCAUUUGGGAUAACAUUGAAGAAGUCGUUUGGAAAACCCAUAAAAGUACCCCAAGAUGUGCCUCAGAAUACCCAAUACACAAUAUCGAAACUUACACCUAAGGUUAAUACAACAAUGCUGUACACAAGAGACGCACAACAAAUACCCAAAACGAUGUCCUCGGGCAAAGAUAAUGCAAAAUUGAAAGAUUAUCUACCGAAUUCAGAAGAAGCUACAGAGUCACAUUCUUCUUCCCAAGAGAAAAAAUACAUUAGUUCUUCAAAUCCUUCUGAUGUAUAUGGCGAUGCCUUCAUUAAACUCAUUCCAUUUCUAUGGAAUAAAGUAAAGAGCGCAAAGUGUACCAUUGACAUUGUGGAUUUUGCUGGUCAAAGCGAUUACUAUGCAUCACACCAAGUCUUCUUGCGACAAGAUGCUGGUUAUAUACUGGUACUUAACAUGGCUGAGAAGUUGGAUGAUAUUCCUUCCACGACAAUAUCACAUAAUAUGAUUUAUGAGAACUGGACAAACAGAGAUUUUGUACAAAACUGGCUAAGAUCGAUUCACACAUUUGCUCCCUUGGCUCCUGUGAUAUUGGUUGCCACACAUGCAGAAGGAAAGUCCUCAAGGGAAAUCCAACAAUUUUUUGUGGAUGUAUGGAACGUCCCGAACGUUGAGAAGUUAAAAAUCCAUCUGGACGAAGACCGAAAAUUUUGGGUUACUCUGAGAGAAGACGACAAUAUUACAGAACUAAAAGACUGUAUAGCAAAUCAGUCGAAGACUCUUGCAACCUGGGGGAAAGAAAUUCCACGAAAAUGGGUGCUUUGUGAGAAUUUUCUAAAAGAAACAAAGAAAACACGAAAAAUAAUCACGCUUCAUUGUCUAUUGGGUUUGAUAAAAAGAAAACAGGGAUACUUGAAAAUGAGCAAAAACGAAUUGACGUGGAUGCUGAAAUUUUUUCACGAUAUUGGGGAGAUCAUAUAUUUUGAUGAAAAGGAUUUAGAAAAGAUUGUGAUACUUGACGUUGACUUUUUGCUUGAUAUAUUUAAAUGUAUCAUCCGAACAGACUUGAAUGUCCGUGGUAAAAUAGCACGUCAAUUUGGAAAUAGAUGGACUGCUUAUGAACAGAGAGGAUUGUUGGGAGAAAAAAUGUGCAUGGAAAUGCUCAAAGAGUUACUCGAUUUAAGGGCUAAAGAUCAAAUUGCUUUUUUCCAAUAUUUGACACAUAUUGGAAUAAUGAUUGACAUCACAGAACCUAAUGUGAGAGAGAAGUUGUGGUACAUACCGUCAAUGAACAAAUCUUUGUUUCCUUUUGAUGCGUAUGAAUCAUACAUGAGAACACCCGUGCACUGCUUUGUCGCAGACUUUUUACCAGACAUUAUAUAUCAUCGUCUUAUCUCAAAAGCCAUCACCAGUCAUUCCAUUGGAGAAGUACUCUUGGAUGGUAAUGAAAAAUGCAUGUAUCAAAGUGUUUGUGCUUUCCUACAUGAUGAGACGUAUAUAGUUUUGAUUGGAAGAUGUGAAACGUCACUCCAAGUACAAAUCCUAGCGACGGUUGAGUUAGACAAAAGUGUGUGUAGUGCCUUACUAGGCAAAGUUUCAAAUAUCAUAAAUGAUGUUGCAAGUACCUUUCAUCUCAACAUUGAAUUUUCUGAGGGUCUAUUAUGUGAUCAGUCCCAAAUAACUGAUCAAUUUCGUACAUCUGGUAUGUUAAUGUGUGACAUACAACAAGCCUGUGAGAGAAAAUCUACAUUUCUUUGCAAAACGUGUCCAAUUUCUCGAAGGCAUUUGAUAAAUUCAAAGGAGUGGCUAUCAUUCACAAUGGAUACUGAUGAACCUGAGGAGGAAGAUGAAGAGAAGGAGGAUUUAGUCGAGGAAAAAAGAGACAUGUAUCUUCUUUUUGACUUUGUUGCAACGAAGAUCGGGUCAAUAUUUGAAGCCAGGAGUCUUUGUUUCGAGUUACUUGGUGACGAGUUUGUCUUGGAGAAUGAUAAAAAGCACAAUCCACGAAGAGUUCUAUUUGAUGCCUUAGUGACAUGGAUCGAAAGAAAUCCUACCAGUGAACAUUUGGAAAUUCUUACUCGGGCACUCCAAAAAAUCAGUAGAUGUGAUAUUGUACAGAACAUUCACUGCAUUGAGCAUAGGGACUACACGGAACAUUAUGUGCCUCAUCCAGAUUUGGACAUAAAGCAGUCGGACAUUAAAGCAGUUGUAAAAGACGCAGCCGUUAACUAUCUCGAGAUUGGACUAUUUCUCGGAUUAUCACCACAGAAACUAAAACAAAUUGAAUUGGACUAUCCUUCUGAUGUACGUGGAAAAAUGCAUCAGGUCUUAUCACAAUUGCCUGUAAGUCGUCAGAUGAUUAUUAACAGUUUGAAGUAUGUUGAAAGAAUAGACCUGAUUGCUAAACUUACGGCUCGGUGGAACUGAAGUUUAUCAAAUAUCAAGCUAAACGAGACAUAUUGUGUUCAUUUAUGUUGAAUUUCAUUUCCUUUUGUUUGUAUGCUACUUAUAGUCUGUAAAUUUUGUUAAACGUAUAUGGUGUACACUUUGUUUUAAUUAAAUGGUAAUUAAAGCUUUCUUUUAUAUCAAGCCUCAUACCUGUUUAAAUGAUACACAACGAGCGCGUUUCUAUAUCUGAACUAAGAAGCAGCGGAAAUACUACCCCGUGGAAAAAAGUACGUUUACAGUUCAGUAAUUCAAAUAGUGAGAAGAUACAUUGUACAUCGAUUUCUUAAUUAUUACAAGUCUGGGGAGUGUAAUAUAUAUCACACUUUUGAUGAUGUACAUUAUUGCAUUUUUUUGCAUUUGGACGAAAUUACACUAGCCUUAUUUAUAUGAAACAUAUGGUUGCUAAACCUGCAUAUUUUAA